GAGGUUGCCGUGAAUGUCCUCUCAACGUCCCCAUGAAAACAGGCGGGAACCGAGGCGUAGUCUGGGGUACAAGAUGGCACGGCGGGCAGGGGGCGAAGGCUCCCCGAAAAAGAACACAUCCCUCAACCUGGUGGCUGGGUUCUUCCACUACCUCCGCGAUGAGCAGGAGGCUGUGCAGAAAAGGACAUUCACGAAAUGGAUCAAUUCCCACUUGGCAAAGCGUGUCCCGCCUCUGGUGGUGACAGACCUCUUCGAGGACAUCAAGGAUGGCGUGAUGCUACUGGCCCUGCUGGAAGUCCUCUCCGGACAAAAACUGCCAUGUGAGCAGGGCAAGAAGCUAAAGAGGAUCCACUGGGUCGCCAACAUCGGUACAGCUCUCAACUUCCUUGAGGGUAGGAAGAUCAAGCUUGUGAACAUCAACUCCACAGACAUUGUUGAUGGACGGCCAUCAAUUGUACUGGGGUUGAUGUGGACCAUCAUCCUCUAUUUCCAGAUUGAGGAGUUAACCAGUAGCCUACCAGCACUUCACGCUGUCUCCAGCAGUACUUCUUCACUGGACAGCUCCACCAGCAGCACUGACACCACCAGCCCACCUGUCAAAAGAAAACCCCUCCCACCUCUGCAAGGUGGAGCCAGAAAGGCCCUACUAAGAUGGGUCCAGCAGACAGCAACCAAACGUCUGGGGAUUGAAGUGAAGGACUUUGGCCCCAGCUGGCGCACAGGGUUGGCAUUCUUUGCCAUUAUCAACGCCCUUCGGCCCAAUCUAGUUGACAUGGAGCAUGUUUGGAGGAGGCCCAACAGAGAAAAUCUUCAGGAAGCCUUCUUCUUGGCUGAGACACAGUUGGGCAUUCCUCAACUUCUAGACCCCGAGGAUGUCGAUGUAGACAAGCCAGACGAGAAAUCCAUUAUGACAUAUGUUGCCCAGUUCCUGAAGCAUCACCCUGACCGAAAGCAGAGCGACUCAGACGGACAGCUAGAAGAAGAGAGAGAGCAGCGAAAGAGCCUGAGGGAGCUCAAAAUGUGGCUCAACCAGCUGGAGAGAGAUGCAGUACAGGCUCAGGAGACUGAGGGCAAUCUCUCUCAACAGUACCAGUCGUUUAAGAGUCUGCGUGUCCAGUUGGAGAUGAGGAGGAAGCAGGUGGAGGGAGCUCUGCAGUCCACUCAGAAGGAUGGGAUGCUGACAGUGGACCAGGCUCUGGUCAAACAAGCCUGGGAAAGAGUCUCUAACAGGCUCCUGGACUGGCAUCUGCAGCUGGACAGGUCUCUGCCUGCUCCUCUGGACAAAGUGGGGGUGUGGCUGCAUGAGGCUGAAGGAGCUCUGCGACAAGAGAUCAUUGUCCAUCAGGCGCACGAUGUGACAGCUAACACUGUCCACAGGGCUCUGGAGCAGCACAAGGAUGUGUUGAAGAGCCUGGAAAGUCACCAGCAGGUCUUUCAGAGAAUCCAUAAAGACAGAAGUGUUGAUGGAGUCCCUGUUCCCCCAGACCAGCUCCAAGACAUGGCUGAGAGGAUGAACUUUGUCUCCACAUCUUCUAGCAUCCACUUGUCUAGAAUGGAGUUCUUGGAGAACAAACAUCACAUGCAGGCCUUUCUCAUUCUCGCCGAGUCGAAGCUCAAAUCCUGGAUCAUAAAAUACGGCCGACAAGAAUCUGUGGAACUGAUGCUACACAAUUAUGUUUUGUUUGUGGAGAAGCAUCAUUUCUUUGAAAAUUACGAAGCAUUGUUCCAAUCGUUGAAACAGUCGGCUGAGGCCUAUGUCAGUGCUGACAGCUCAGCGGACGAGGGCGAGAUGGGUGUGCGCAGGUUCAUGCGAGAGGUGGUGACCCAGUGGAGGAGUCUGUCCAUGGAAGUGCGCAGUGUGAGGAGUAUGCUGGAGGAGGUGCUGUCCAACUGGGAGAGGUACAGCUCCACUGUGGCCUCCUUACAGGCCUGGCUGGAGGAUGCAGAGGAAGCUCUGAGCCAGCCGGAAAACACAAAACGGGAGUUUUUCAGGAUCCUCAGCCACUGGAUGGAUCAGCAUGCAGCCAUGAACGACGCGGGGAAUUUUCUCAUUGAGACGUGUGAUGAGACUGUGUCGCUUGAUCUCAAGCAGCAGCUACUUCUUUUGAAUGGACGAUGGAGAGACCUCUUCCUCAAAGUCAAACAAUAUGCCCAUGCAGAUGAGCUGGAGAAGUGGAGAAGAGACCACCUAAAGGCUGUGACGGCCCUGAAAGAGCUGCUGGACACAGCAGAGGCCAAACUUAAUGUUCCUGUCCAGGUGUCUUUCCUCAGCGUUAGAUCCUUUCUGCAGGACGUGGAGAAUACCAAGCAAAAGGUUGUUGCCAUGGAGACACAAUACAAGUUGGCUGCCCGCAGUGCUCAGCUCCUCGCCAAGGAUGCGCCACAGGAUGAGGCUGCCAGGGUCAUGGCAGCUAUGGCAACAGCCAAAAGUCAGCUGAGUAAGGUGAGAGAGCGGUGUCCCUCCCUUGUGAGGGAGUGUCAUGUUCUUCUGCCACUGUUGGAGGAGAUGGAGAAACACAUCACUGCUUUUUACCAAGCCCUGGAGCGAGCCAGUCGCAUCACUUCUGCUGCCAGAGACCCAGACACACAGACCCAGACCCAGCAAAAACAGAAGUGGCAGGAUUUGUUAAACCAGCAGCAAAGCUGUAAACGCUGUCUGUCAGUGAUUGAGAGGAAUCACCACACCCUGCAGAGGACACUCUCCACCAGUAAGGUGCUCCGAAACUUCGACCUGUCCCUGCUGCAGAAGAGAGUGGCUGAAAUACAGGGCUCUGCGCAGGCUUUGCUGAAGGAGGUUGGGGAAUGGAGAAGGCAGGAAGAGGCCAACAACUGCCUAAGGAGGAGGUUUGAAGAAUCAAGACAGGAGCUGGAGAGAGUGCUGAAGAAAGCUCAGGGUUGCUUGAGAGAGACUGGAGAUGCCGAGGAAUUACUAAAGAAACACAGUGAUUUUUUUGGCCAACUGGACCAGCGGUUGCUGAGUGUGUUCCUGAAGGCGUGUGAUGAGCUGACUGACAUCCUGCCACAGGAGGAGCAACAGGGGCUGCAAGAAACUGUCCGCAGGCUGCACAAACACUGGAAGGACAUCCAGGGUGAGAUACCGUCUCACCUGCUCCGUCUUAAAGUGGAGGUGGAGCGUAGUCGAGUGGAUGUGAUUAUACAAGACGUCAGAGCAGAGCUGGACAGAGAAACGCAAGCCCUGUCUGGCACCUGCACCAGUGAGCGAGUGAUCAAAGAGCACAGAACUUUUUUCAGGGAACGCAAACCUCUGACUUUGUGUGAGAAGAGGAUUAGAAACAUGGAGGAUCUGUGUCAUAAGUUGCCUGACAACGACCCGGCUUAUCGAACGCUAGAUUCCACCAGGAGGGCUGUAGAGGAGGUUACGGAGCAAAUCAAAAGCACCCACCUCAAACUGGAGCAUCACCCUGAUAAAUGGAAAGAGUGGAAUGAGAGGUUCUGUGAGCUUUCUGAUUGGCUUUCAUCUCAGAGGAGGCAGGUGAGGCUUUUGAGAGAGACGGCAAGAAAUUCGGGCCACCAGGAGCAAGUUGAUGCUGCUGUUCAGGCACUGCAGGAAGCAGUAGAUGCCCGAGAGGAGAGUCUGCUGUGGCUUAAGAGCCGUCUUGCUGGGCUGUCUGAAGUCAGCUCUGAACUGGAGGUCCAGAGACAGAGAACAGCUCUGGCCAAACUCUCAACCGACCUGCGGGCACUCUUUUCUUCACUCUGUCAGUGGGGUGAGGAGGGCUCUGCUAUGUUCCAGUACGAGGAACUGAAGGAGGAGGUGCGUGGUGCACUGGACGAGGUUCUCAGGGUGCGGAGAGAGGCUGAGGAGCAGACCGGCAGGAUCCUGGAUGCUGAGGGCCUGGAGGAGGCCAAACAACUUUACCUUAUUCACCAGCACCACCUAAAGCGCUUGCAUGCUAACAGGAGGGAGGCAGAGCUUCUGGUGGCCCACUGCCGCCAGCUGCAGAAAGGGGAGGGGCUUAGUCAGUCCCUGCGGGAGCUGGAGGGAGCUUUCCGAGAAGUCGACCACAAAUCAGCGGCAAAGGAGCACAACCUGCAGGCUACUCUGAGCUCCUGGCAGAGUUUUGAAGCAGAAAGAGAGGCAGUCUGGAGGUUUAUCAGUAAUACCAACAAUGAGCUGCACAAAGAACUUAUUUUCAACAGCCUGGAUAGCCUGAAAACUGAACUGGAGCAUAACAAGGAGCUCCUCACAAAGGUUGAGGAGUAUUCUGUGCGAGCAGAACUCCUCCUGGAGAAGGCAGCAGACAUUCAGCUUGGUCCGAAGAAUCAGACUCUUCUUCUACAGCAGGCUCAGUCCACUACAGAAGCAGUCACACAACUGCAAGACCACCUCAACAAGAAUGUUGCCCAGCUGGAGAUGAUGUGCAUGUGGUGGGAGCGUUUCAGCAGUGAAUCAGAGAUCUUCUCUCUGUGGAUCAAUGAGAAAGAGGCGGAGCUGGAGGCUGUCAACUCCACCUCCUCCUUAGAUCCUCUGGACAAACACAUCAGCACAGUGGAGGCUAUGUCAGAGGGUUUAGAAGAGAGAAGGGCAGCCCUUGCCCACAUGGAGGCGGACUGUGAGGCUCUGUCGAGCUUUGUGACGCCUGGAGAGGCUGGACGUAUCCGGGCACGACUUGCACAGAUGAGGCGCUACUGGGAAGAGUUGAAGGGGAGAGUGGAGCAGCUGGGAGGACAGCUCAACCAGAGCGCCUCAUACUGGCAGAGAUACAAUGAUAACCUUGAACAGGUCAAGAAAGCAAUGAGUGACCUUAAAGAGAAGCUGGACUGUCCAGUCACAUACUGUUCAUCAUCAUCUGAGACCUACAAAAGCCUCCAGGAUCACAUGGAGGUCUGCCAGGCUGUUGAGCAGCUGAACCCCAGGCUGAUGACUUUGUGUUCAGCCAUGAAGAGGCUUGGAGAGGGCAGCCAGCUGGAGGAAGAGGUGGCUAACCUCCAGAGGCAACAGGGAGAGUUUAUGGGAAAGGCAACAGAAAAGCAAUCAACAUUAGAGAGCCUUCUAGCACUGUGGCAAAGGCUUGAGCUGCUGGAGUCGCAGUUGUCACAGCUGGAGCAGUUUGAUCAGGCACUAUUGACUCUGACCCAAAGGAGUGAGAACUUCCUGUCUGGCUUGAGAAGCUCUUCCCAGGUUGAUAUUGCUGAUGUUGAGACUGCAAUUAGUAAGCUGAAGACACAUGAGGAGCAACUACAAGCACAUGCAUCAUUGAGAGAGACUCUUGAGCAAAGAGAGUCCUCCCUGCUUCGCUGCUCCACCUUGGAGGCCCAGCAGCAGCUCCAGGGCUGGAGAGAGGACUGCCUACAGCCACUCAAUGAGUCCCAGCGUCUCCUGCUCCUCCGUAAAGAGUGCCUGACAGCAUUAAAAGCCUUUCUGGAGAAGAAUGGAGCAGCAGGUAGGGCUGUGCGGAGCCUUCAUGAGGCGGUGGAGGGCAGGGGGAGCUGGGACCGCUCCAAAGCUGAAGAGCUGCACCGUGGAAUAGGGGAAGUGGCUAAAGACGUGGCCAAGCUUGAAGCUGAGGCAGUGGGGUUGGAUGGGCAGCUAAGCAAGGCACACCUUCACCUGAGCGGCGCAGAGUGGCGGGGCUCCAAAGAUGUCAGCCAUCCUCAGGGAAGAACAUCUUGCAGGGGACAGGUGGUGGCCCUCAUGAUGGCUCUAGAGGAGGUGCAGAGGGGCGUCGGAUGGAGGCAGAGUGAAGCAGAUGCUUUAGGGGCAUUAUGGAGCUCCUUCAGGGAGAGGAGGGAGGAGGUGAUGGAGAAUUUGAAGAAACUGGAGAAUGAAGCAAGGCUGCGUUUUUUCGUCCAGCUGGAGGAUGAGCUCCAGUCCCUGCAGCAUUCCCAGCGGUGGUUAGAGGAGAAGGGAAGCCAGCUGGCCCAGCGAGACAGUGAGCUGGCUGGGGAGGCUCUCAGAGAGGUAGCACUGGUGAAGACAGCCUGGGAGAACGUGAGGACUCUGAUCACCAACGGUCAGGAACAGAGUGGGGUUAUGGUAGAUCUUCUCCGCCAGUUCCACCACCUGAAGUCAAUCCUCACUGCUGUUGUGGAGAACGCUGAGGCUGUUGCUCACAAUCUGCCUGACCACAACCACAACGCUCAGGAGGCCAAAAGGACUUUUACUCGACAUGACACUGUCCAAGCUGAGCUGAGAGAAAAACAGGAUGACAUGGACCAGCUCAUCAGCACAGUGGAGGACCUGCAGAGAGAGCUGGAGAAGGUUCCCAACUCUGAUGCAAGCUCCGUCCAGAGAGACAUGGAGAUGUUAAGAGACCAGUGGCUGGAGGUCUCAGAGAGAAUACAAACCAACACAGAGAGACUGGGCUACUGUGUAGCGCUGUGGGACAACCUCAAGUCAAUGGAGCAGGACAUUAACCAAUGGGCGGCCAACUCCAUCGCUGAUCUCACCGACAGUGUUAGUAAUCUCAGUGAUAAAGAGCAGACAGAGGCCCAUCUUGCCACCUUUCAGGCUGAUGUUGAGAAGAGGGAGCAGAGACUGGACGCCCUGCAGGAGAGAGUGACAGAGCUGAAGGAGCGAGCCAAGCUGCAGGAAACCCCGUUACAAAUGCAGGUCCUGGAGUCAGACCUGAGGAAGAAAAUGGCCCAUGCACAGGAGGUGUACAACCAGGCCAAACACACUCUGACCUACUUCAGUUUCCAGAAGCAGCGACUGGAGGACCUCAUUUCCCAGAUGGCCGAGCGGCUGGUGGCAGUUGAGGGUUCGCUAUCUGACCUCACUGAAGCUACUUCUCCUGAAGACAUUGGCACAGUGAAGGACCUGCAGAGCAUUGUGCAGCAGCAGAGGGCAGACAUGGACUCGGCCAGAGAUGCUCUGAGUGCCCUGUGCAGGUCUCAUCCCUCACAGGAGCUGUCGUGCCUCUCCUCUGACCUCACCUCCAUUGCCAAGCGAACAGAGGCUGUUGCGCAGCGCUGUGCCAAGACCAGGGGCAGCCUGCAGGAUGGGCUACAGCUCCACUUCAAUGCAGAGCUCGUCCAAGACUUUCACUCUCGGCUGACAGAUCUGAAGUUGGAGCUAAAAGAAUGCUCAAGCCAAUCAGGAGAUCUUACCGUCCUUGGAGCAAAGUUGCAAAGGCUAAAGAUGUCAGCUGAGCAGACAUCAGAGGGUGAGGAGCGUCUCUCUAAGGUUCGUGAGGAAGCCGAGAGGUUGCAGCUCCACCUGUCUAAAGCUGGAGCAGCACAGGUCCAAGAGCAUCUCUCCUCCUGUCAGAGAGAGUGGAGGAACUACCUGGACAGCUGCUCUCAGAGCCAACGAGACCUGGAAGAGAGUAUUGACCUUCUGAAAGACUUUAAUUACUGUGUGGAGGGUGUAAGAGACUGGCUGAAGCAGAUGGAUCUCAGCCUCAAGAGAGAGCCUGUUCUUGGGGCAGAGUGCCAGCAAGGAGCCCCAGACACCACAGAAGAGCUGGAGCGGAUGGAAAACCUCCAUAAGGAACUGCUUGCAAGAAGGGACUCCAUCGAGCGUCUCAGCCAGGAGGCUCAGUCUCUUUCUGAAGCAGGCCGGGGGUCAGGAGGAGAGGUCAGAGUGACAGGCCAGCUCCAGAUGGAGCACCAGGCCCUGCUGAAGGCAGCCAGGGAGAAGCUGCGGGGAUGCCAAGAGAGCCAGGCCUUUGGAGAGACCCUCCAAGGGGUUUGGGCCUGGCUGGAGGAGAUCCAGGAAAGACUGGGUACAGUAGACAGCACCAUGGGGACCAAAGAACAGCUAGAGCAGAGGCUGGAGACUGUGCAGGACAUCCUGCUUUUGAAAGGGGAGGGGGAGGUCAAGCUGAAUAUGGCCAUGGGUAAGGGGGAGUUGGCCCUGCGCAGCUAUGGAGCCGCCGGACAGGAAGUGGUCCGCUCUCAGCUACAGGAAGUGGAGGAUGCAUGGGCCACGCUGCUUGUGACUGCCAUGAGCUGCCACAGCCGAUUAGAGUGGACCGUGUCGCAGUGGGGAGGAUACCUAGAGAGUGCUGCCCAGCUGCGGUGCUGGAUGGAGGCUGUGGAGAGGGAGGUGUGUGCCCCUCUCACCCCCCAGCCGGGACCCAGAGAGAAGGCCUCCCAGCUCGAGAGACUCAGAGCCCUGCUAGCUGAUCUGGAAGACCACCAGGUGGCGCUAUCCAGCCUGGAAGAAAAAGCCAGGGAGCUGUUUAAGAAGACUGCCGAUGCCAGCUUUAAUCACGGUGCCCGCACCCAGCUGCAGGUGCAGUUUGAUGACCUAACAGCCUUGGUGGAGGAGAGAGUACGUCUAGCGCAGGCCGUGGUGCUGGAACACCAAGACUACCUGGAGGCUGUUAGGGAGCUCACUGACUGGCUGAUGACUGCUGGAGAGGAGCUACAUCAUUGGUCUGAUACAUCAGGAGACUCUGCCUCCAUCAAAAAGAAACUGUCAGAAGUGAGGAUAAUAGUGUGCCACAUCUGA